AAAACUCGUUCACUUUUAAAUUGCACUUUCUUUUCCACAAAAUUUAAAAAUGGAGUCCUGCGUCUUUGUGGUGGAACCCCAAAUUACAACCUCCACAGUCAACCAAACUACGGCUAUGCCACGAUUGACAUUCAGCACCAGAAAUCAACGUUAGUUGCUGUAUCACUCUAUCGCUUCCACCCGAUGCCAGCUAACCACCACAGGCUUCCUCGCUCCUCCGUCGAUGGCGGCUUUUCUUGGUGGUGGUGGUGGCGUAAAUUAUCAAAGCGGGAAUGGACCAUCUUUGCCGCCGCUGCAGCAUUCUCCAUUUUCCUUAUCAUCCUCUCCCCGGUGUCCGUUUCUCGUGCAUUUACAAAUACGAGUGCAAAUUCAGGAACAGCUUCUGUAUGGGUGCCGUUCACGCCUUCAUCCAAAGCGCAGAAAAAUUCCGCCUUUUGUUUGGAUGGGAGUGUGCCUGGGUAUCAUAUAAGACGUGGUUUUGGAUCUGGCUCCGACAGUUGGCUUCUUCACGUUGAGGGUGGAGGAUGGUGCAGUACUUUAUCAUCUUGUUCUGCUCGGAGGAGAACGAAACUAGGUUCAUCGACCUACAUGGAGCAUGAAGUUGAAUUCUUGGGAAUUUUGAGCCAUGACCCACUUCAUAAUCCUGAUUUUUUCAACUGGAACAAGGUGAAAUUACGUUAUUGUGAUGGAUCCUCAUUUUCCAGUCACCCUCAUAAUGAGUUUGGAAAUGGAACAAAAAUUUUCUUUAGAGGUCAGCUUAUCUGGGACACGGUUAUGGAUGAGCUCUUGUCAAUUGGAAUGACUAAAGCUAGAGAGGCCCUUCUUACAGGAUGCUCUGCUGGUGGUUUGGCGACUCUCAUACAUUGUGAUGAUUUUCGGGGUCUUCUGCCAAAAGAUGCAAAUGUCAAGUGCCUUGCAGAUGCAGGUUUUUUCCUUAAUGAGAAAGAUAUUGCUGGAAAUCACACCAUAGAGUCCUUUUAUCAUGAUGUUGUACACCUGCAGGGUGUGGCUAAAAGUUUGAACCAUGAUUGUGUUACCAGAUCUGAACCUUAUAAGUGUUUCUUUCCUCAAGAAUUUAUUGGAAAUAUAAAGACACCUAUCUUCCUUGUUCAACCAGCAUAUGAUUUUUGGCAGAUAGCAAAUAUUUUGGUACCUGCUUCAUCAGACCCUGGUGGCAGCUGGCCCAGGUGCAAGCUAAAUAUUUUGAAAUGUGAUUCCAGCCAGCUAGAAGUGCUUCACGGUUACAGAAACUCAUUACUGAAGACGCUUAAUGAAUUUCAGCAAAAUCCAGAAAUGGGAAUGUUUAUAAAUUCUUGCUUUGUUCACUGCCAAACAUGGGCAGCUGAGACAUGGCAUUCACCCACUUCUCCCAGAAUCAACAACAAGACAGUUGCGGAAUCAGUAGGUGAUUGGUACUUCAAAAGAGCAGCAGCUAAGCAAAUUGAUUGUCCUUAUCCUUGCAAUCCUACUUGCUACAAUAUGGAUCUCACUCGUGGAUGAUGCAAUGAAAUCACUUUGGGCUUGCUAUCAUCUGAUCUCAUCUCUCUUAGCAAUUUCCUGGCUGGUAAGAUUAAUUUUCUUCAGCAUCAGCCAGGACAUAGUUGGAGGUAUGUGCAGCUGUUGAUGCUGCUGUCCUUUUCUUCUUCUAGAAGUAUACUUGCCCACUCUCCUUGUGUAACAUUUUUAGAACCCUUAAAGAUAAUAUCUCGUGAUUCUCAUGAAGAAGUCAAACAUUGAGUUUUUCUGUAUAUAUGAACCUACCUAUGUUUUCAAAUGCUGUUUGAUCGACUGUGUGUUAUAUAUUUCGUGUA